UCCGCUCGCGAGGGGGCCGCGCGCUCCCGACGAGGAGGGUCGGCGCGGACAGCCUGUUUCUCCCCAUGGUAAAGAUAGCCUCUGACUAAUGAGCAAGGCGGUGAGGUCAUCGAGCGAGUCAGAGGUGCAGACCUGGGGAACAGAAGAGGAUGACUUGACUGAAGGCGAUCUAGGGUAUGGCCUUGGAAGAAGACCUGGUGGCAUUUAUCACGUGGACAUGUCGCACUCACUUACAUCUAGAAAGAGAUCCGAUGGAACAAGCUAUGGCCCUCUUCCCUUUUCAAGGAAGGGGGAAGAAAGAAAUGGAACAAUUUCUCAGUCUUCCAGGGAUAAGAGCUUGCAAGAUACAUGCCCUCAAGGAUCCAGAAUGUUCAGUGACAGCCGGCAAAGCAGCACUGAUUCUAACUCAGAAUUGUCAACUGAACAAUUAAAGCAACGUCUUCAUGAAACUUUAGAGGAAGUAGAAAUUUUAAAAACUGAACUUGAAGCAGCUCAAAGACAACUUGAAGGUAAAGAGGAAGCAUUGAGAAUUCUUCAAAGCAUGGCAGUACUUGGCAAAGCCACAAGUCACACCCAGGCAGUUCUUCAAAAAACUAUAGAACAAAAGAAAUCCUUGGAGAAGGAAAUAAAUACCUUGCAGUGGGAAAUAGAAUUUGAUCAGAGUAGAUUUAAAAACAUAGAGGAAUCUUGGAUCCAAAAAUAUGACAGACUAAAUUGUGACAACGUAGUCCUCAAAGAGAAUCUGAAAGUGAAAACAGAAGAAAUUAAAAUGCUGAAGUCUGAAAAUGCAGUGUUGAAUCGGAGGUGCUUGGAGGCCCUGGCCGUGCUUGAUGUCAAGCAGCAGAAGAUGGCCCGGGAGCGCACGGGCCGGGACGCGAGCGGCCUCGCCGAGGUGUCGGGUCUGGAGCUCGCAGUCCUUGGAGCCUGCCUGUGUCGUGGUCCCGGAGGGAAUCCCUGUUCGUGUGCCAGGAUGGCGGCAUCCGCUCGGAAGCUGGUUCUUCAACUCAAGCACGAGUUGGAACUUUUGCAGAAGAGUAAAGAAGAAGCUUACAUGAUGGCAGAUGCGUUCAGAAUUGCAUUUGAGCAACAGCUGAUGAGGAAAAACGAUCACGUGCUGAGACUGACCCAGAUGGACAAGAUGUGCAGAAAAGCACCGCGGCUCAGUGGGAAGCUCCUUACGGAGGAUGGAACUCCAUCACCAAGGAGUAAGAAGACCUUGGCACAGAAACUGUUGGGUAUACUGCCUUCAGAACUUAUUUCCAAGGGAGCUGAAGACCAGAACCAUUCCCAAGAAGUCUUUAAGAUGCUAAUAGACAUGCUGAAUGACAAGGAGGAAGCCCUGGCUCACCAAAGAAAGGUCAGCUAUAUGCUUGCUCGGGCACUGGAAAACACAGACAUUACCUCGAAGCAGCAGACGGAAAAACAUCCUACCGAAGAGGAUUUUCUACUCAAAACCCCCUGGCAUAAAACUUCAGAACUCUCUCUUCUAGGUGAUCCAAUACACUCAGGUGUGCAAAUUUGUAACCAUGGGGGCUGUUUUUGUUCAGGGCAGCACCCACAAAGAGCUCCAGACUACUCAAGAACCCAUAAACGGUCCCAUUCUUUGCCAUCAAGUUUAUGUUGAAGAGAAACCAGUAGGCAUUAGAAUGCAAGCUGUUAAAAGUCAAGAGACAUUGAAAGCUGGGAUGCAGGCCAGGCGUGGUGGCCUACGUUUUUACUCCCAGCACUUGGGAGACUGCGCACUUGGGAGACUGUGUGAGUUCAAGGCCAGCCUGAGACUGCAUAGUGAAUUCCAUGUCAGCCUGAGGCUAGAGUGAGACCCUACCUCAAAAACAAAAGGCUGAAGGCUGCGUGAGGCUCUUGCUGUGAUUCCCCACUGUGUGUGGUGGCUUACACUUAAACCCAACACUGAGGCAUGGGGAUCUUGUGAGGUCAAGGCCAGACCGGGGUGCAAUGUCUCAAAAAAAAAAAAAAAAAAGAUGAAUGAAUGAAUCUAUGAAGAAAAAAUGACUAUACAUAUUAUUAACUAAAUAAA